UCCAUCAUCUCCUUUCGUCUUGGAGACUCAACUUUCUUAACUCUCUCUCUCUCUCUCUCUCUCUCUCUCUCUCUCUCUCUCUCUGCAGGUGUUCUUCUUCUUCUACUACCACUGCAACUGUAAGGUUUCAAGGAAGCUUAUAAAAAAAGAGAGGAGAACAUCUGUUUUCUGCAGUACCCAUGGCAGGGCUAGAUUUUGAAGCCAUUUAUGUUGACAGCCAUGAUAUUCUGAAUAUGUUUGCAGCUGAAGGUGUUGAGUUCCUUUUAUCUUGUGAAGGGAAGGUACCCUUGUCAGAAUGCAAUGGGAAAAUCAUCUGCCUAUUUUUCUCUGCAAACUGGUGCAGGCCUUGCAGUGCUUUCAUCCCCCAUCUGGUUGAACUUUAUGAAACACUGAGGAAGAGGGGAAUAAGUCUAGAGAUCAUCUUCAUCUCCUUUGACCGUGAUGAGGAGGGAUUUAAAGAACACUUUAAGAAUAUGCCAUGGCUAGCCGUCCCAUUUGAUGUAAAUUUACAUAGAAGACUGAUUGACAGAUACCAAGUUGAUCGAAUCCCAUCAUUCAUUCCAUUAUAUUCAGAUGGCAUAACGGUUGAAGAAGAGUUGACUGGGUGCAUUGAGGAUUAUGGUACUGAUUCAUUUCCUUUCACAAGGAAGAGACAUGAGGAAUUGAAAGCCAUUGAUAAAAGGAAACGUGAAGAAGGAAAUUUGGAAGAAUUAUUGGCACAUGAAGGACGCGACUUUCUUAUUUCAGAAGAUGAUAGAAAGGUACCUGUAUCUGAACUAGCUGGUAAAACUAUAGGCCUAUAUUUUUGUGCCUUCUGGUCUCCUCCUUGCCGUGCCUUCACUGUCCAACUUACAGAUGUAUACAACAAGCUCAAUGCUGCAAAAGGACACUGCUUUGAGAUUGUUUUAAUCUCAACAGAUAGGGACCUUACAGAAUUCAAUGUCAACAUAAGUACUAUGCCGUGGCUUGCUAUCCCAUUUGAGGAUAGAACAAGGCAUGAUCUUUGUAGAAUAUUUGAUAUAAAGGGGAUUCCAGCUUUGGUUCUCAUUGGACCAGAUGGCAAAGUCAUUAGUGAGAAUGGGAAGUUUAUGGUCUCCUCAUAUGGUGCAGAAGCUUUCCCAUUUACUGAAUCACGGGUAAGAGAACUAGAAGCAGCUCUGAGAAAGGAAGGAGAGGCUUUGCCUCAACAGGUUGAGGAUGUCAAGCAUGAACAUGUACUGAAAUUGGAUAUGGCCAAAGCUUAUUUAUGUGAUUCCUGUAAAAUGCAAGGGAAGUUCUGGGCAUUCUCUUGUGAUGUCUGUGACUAUGACCUUCAUCCAAGUUGUGUAGAAAAAAGGUCAACAAAGACCGAAGUUGGUAGAGAAUUCAAUCACCGGAAGUUUGCAACCAGAUAUAUCAACUAGCUACUUUUGUAGUGAUGGAAUUAUUCAAGUUGUGAAAUUUAAGAAACUUAUACACCAAGAUCUUUCUUUCCUAUCUGUCUGCUAUUAAAACUUGCCAUUUGAAAUUAAGAGUGGGGUAAAUCGGGUGAGUUUUGUAAGGGAAAGGUCUGAGUAGAAUUACUCUAUUUAAGAAAGUUUAGAAUUACUCUAUUUAAGAAAGUUUAGGCUUGCACUUUUUUAAAGCAUGUAUGGCUUAUAUUUAGAACAUGUCUGUAUAAUAGUUUGAUACGACUCUAUACAUACUCAUAAGUAAAUUUAAUGGUGAAAAAAAUAAAUAAAUUA